UUUUGAUUGAUUCAGUGUAGUUUUAAAAUAAUGAAUUACAAUGAGAAUAAAUUUUUCUUGGGCGAUUCAAGUGUUGUAUAUCUUUAACGAAAUUGUUUUUAUUGAUUCACAAAGGCCACAAUUUCGCGACGACUACAGAUACGAGAAAGUAUUUAAAGUAUUCUACAAACUUCAUACUGAAGCCGUGAAUUGGUACCAGGCUCGCAUACGUUGUGAGGCGGAGGGUUCUCAGCUAAUCGUACCACAUUCCUUGGACGAAGCAGACAGUAUACCGCUCCUAAUAGCUCCGAUAUUGACAAAAUAUGAAGGAGUGUAUGUUGGAAUACAUGAUUUGUACUCGGAAAGAUCUUUCGUUACUAUAAAAGGCAGUGGUCUUCACGACACAAUUCUCGAUCUGCUAUGGGAACUGAAACAGCCAGUCCACAGUGGAGGCAGAUGUGUGGCGAUGCGACGCAAUGGUCGCCUCUUUGUGCAUCCUUGUUUGGAACACCUUCCAUUCGCAUGCAAAAUUAAAGCUUCGGAUGUGACGUAUUAUUCGGAAUGUGAUACGUUUGAUUCACGCUGGGUACUAGGCCCCAACAACACGUGUUAUAUAACCCAUUUGGAGCCCCAAACAUGGUACGAGGCAUAUUCCACCUGCCUUAGCGCAGGUGGUCACCUCGCAAUUCUUGACACAAAAGAAGAGGCAGAUUACAUAAGAGACACUUUCAAGCAAUAUGACCAGCACAAAACGCCAGGGGACUUCGCGUUUCUCGGCUUCAGUGAUAUCUUUCAACGGUAUCACUAUAGGACUGUUCUUGGUGAUCCAUUGAAGGAGAGAGCCGUUGACUGGGAUUUCAAGUGUCCAGGGAACUUCACCAAGUUGGAAGAAAGAUGCGGCGGUUAUCGUAGAAGUGGGCUUCUAUCAACCAACAGUUGCAUUAAGCCAUCUAUGUUCUUUUGCGAGAAACCGGCAAAUGGGACGUUUAGAAUAAAUUAUCACGCGCGAAGUCCGCUCAGAAGUGGGUUUAAGAAAUUACGGAAUGUUUAGUCAGUAUUCAAACUUACGUAUUUAUAUAAGAUUGGUAAUUAGGUACAUCUUUUGAUUGUAUCUGUA